AUUGAUCAAUCAAACAGAGAGUGAGAGAGGGAAAUGGUUGGUCCACCGUACGAUUGCGUAGCGAACCCACUGGGUGCCGUUCGAUUAACAUUUGAGAAGGCGGUAGGAUUGGGAUCAGAGACCCCCACCCAUCCAUCCGCCUUCAACGGCAAGGAUUGGGGUGCCCUCGAAGUCUUCCGCAACUUCCUCUUCCAGGAAUCGGGUCUAUCGAAGGUUCCCAUUCUUAAUCCCAAGACGUUGAGAUGGGCUCAGCACAACAGUCUUGUCCGUUACCGUGGCAUGAUCCAGGACAUGUUGGGAAAUGAAUUCUAUGUUGGCGCUUACAAGGAUGGUGGGAGUUCAUGGCGAACCAACAAGUUCACGGAUGUUUCUCAAUACCCUAUGGAAUCCCCUUCUGAUACGUGUAUUUGGGAACGCCGCUUGCUCUACUGUAUUCCUGUUCCAGGGCAUAGUUCUUGGACUGAACCUUCUUGCGAUAUGGAUUCUAAUUCGUCAUCGUCCCAAAGCAGGGAGAAGCGGCGUAGGAUGAAUGAUGAAGAUGGGGACCCCAUGGAUUUGGUUCCUGAGGAUGAGGUUAAAAGUUCUCCAAUUGCCAAGAAGAUGAGAGAAGAUGGACAUCCUUCCACUUCACCAGAACCUAUGGAUCUUAAAACUGCAAGCUCUUCUUCCACCAUGAGUAUGUUUCAAUUUGAUGACAAAGAUAACCUUCCUUGCCUAGUAAAGAUAUAUGAUUCUCCAGAGUCAGACUUAAAGCUGAAUGAUGUUUUUGAGUUUAUUGGGGUCCUCACUUUUGACUUAGAGUUUGCAGUUGAGAAAGAUGACAAUGAUGAGUUAUCAAAUGGUUUAUAUGAUGAUGCACUGGUCCAUAUGCCCCCUAAUAAGGUCCCAUGCUUGCACUGUAUUGUGCAUAGGAAGCUUGCAGUGCAUGACUUUCUGCCGGGGUCCCCAAUAAUGGAGCCAAAGCCACAUUUGGUGAAAGAGAUAAGGGAAGGUCUGUUCUUGCAUCUUAAAGCCGUUCUCGGAUAUGAUGGCGUAGCUGCUCAUUUCAUGUUGUUGCAUCUUCUGUCCAAGGUUCACACUCGAGUAGAUGAUGUUGCUGUCGGGAAGCUGUCACUAAAUCUAAUUGGUUUAAACAAAGAAAGUGCAUCUGUGUUUGGCACUCGACUUAGCGAAACUUUCAAAAACCUGCUACCAUUCACGAAUUUUAUGCCUCUCACACUGGAAUAUCUGAACAGUACCUCUCUUGCCCCGAAAAAGGAUUAUCAAACAAACAGGUUGAUUCCUGGAGUUCUUCAGCUACCUGAGGGAUCACACUUGAUGGUUGAUGAAACACAACUAGAAUCAGGAAGCCUCAACUCCGUUGGGAUUGAGAAUACAAAGUUGCUGAAAAAUCUGAUAGAGUUUCAAAAAGUGGAAUACGAUUUUCAGUACUACAAGGUGGAAAUGGCAGCGGAUAUCCAGUUACUUGUCUUUUCAGAGGGGAAAUCUAAUAUUGAUCCUGCCGAUAUAAUUGUACCUUUUCAGCCUUCUCUUGCAUCCUCUGAAAUACCAGUUGCUGAAGCACUGGAAGUUUGGAGAUGGUAUCUGGCUACUGUUAGAUCGUUACCACAUUCCAUUGGAUCAGAAAUGCAGAAGGUGGUAGAGGAUGACUUGGUUGCUGCCAGACAAGCAGAUCGGAGCUUGGGCAGCCGUGAUUUUAGCAGAUGGUUGACAAUGGGCCGCCUCAUAUCCUCAAGUUUGGGAGAAACCUCUCUGUCAUUGGAACAUUGGCAAAUGGUAAAAGGAUUGGAGAGGCUGAGGAAGCUGAGACUCAAGUAGAAGUAUGGUCAGCAGGAGCAAUUUUUCUUCUUUUACUUGCAGGCUGCUAAAAGGUAGAGCUUUUGCAAAACCAAAAUGGGAGUGUCUUUUUUUUUACCUGAUCUCUAAUGCAAGUAAUAUCCUUGUAAAUCUAAUCAUGCAACAAUUCAAACUCGAAAGCUUAAGCACUACCCCGUUAUGCAGGCUACCUUUUUUCCGAAUCCGGGCAGUAACUGGUUCUCAAAUAAUUCACAUC